CGGGUGUGCGAACCGACAGCCCGCGGCGGCCGGCGGACCUCCGGGACCAGUGAGUGCGCGGGGCAGAGCGGCCCGCCCGCCUAGCCAGGGCGCCUGCGCCGCCGGGGACCGGAAGGGGCGUGGCUUCCGCCGGCCGCCAUCUCGCCGUGAGACAGCACCGCCGCCGCCGCCGCCGCGCCCGUCUCCGCGAUGCUGUCGCCCGUCGCCGUGUACCGGGGCCCCGACCGCGACCCCACGCUGCAGCCCGACCGCGCCGCGGGCCCCGUGCAGCAGCGCUUCUCGCCCUACGCCUUCAAUGGGGGCACUGUGUUGGCAAUCGCCGGAGAAGACUUCUCCAUCGUGGCGUCUGACACCCGCCUGAGCGAAGGCUACUCGAUCCAUACCAGGGACAGCCCCAAGUGUUACAAGCUAACAGACAAAACGGUUAUCGGCUGCAGCGGUUUCCAUGGAGAUUGCCUCACCCUGACCAAGAUCAUCGAAGCCAGACUAAAGAUGUACAAGCACUCCAACAACAAGGCCAUGACCACGGGGGCCAUUGCCGCCAUGCUGUCCACCAUCCUGUACUCCCGGCGCUUCUUCCCCUACUACGUCUACAACAUCAUCGGGGGCCUGGACGAAGAAGGGAAGGGCGCCGUGUACAGCUUCGACCCCGUGGGCUCCUACCAGCGAGAUUCCUUCAAGGCCGGGGGUUCGGCGAGCGCCAUGUUGCAGCCCCUGCUGGACAACCAGGUCGGCUUUAAGAACAUGCAGAACGUGGAGCACGUCCCGUUGUCCUUGGACAGAGCGAUGCGUCUGGUGAAGGAUGUCUUCAUCUCCGCGGCCGAGCGGGACGUGUACACCGGGGACUCGCUGCGCAUCUGCAUCGUGACCAAGGAGGGCAUCAGGGAGGAGACCGUGCCCCUCAGGAAGGACUGAGCUGCGCGCCGCUGCGGGCGGGUCAGAGCUGCCGGGCUGUAGGCUCGUCCCGUGGAGCCCGGGGCUCCCUCUCUCCGCAGCCGUCUCCUGAGCAGCUGGACCCUGGCGCAGAAUCUUCUUUUCUCUUCCUUACCAGAUGCUUUUAAUUUCUCUUUCUCGGCCAUUUUUUCUUUUUCUUACCAGAUAUUUUUUAAUCUCGGCCAUUUUUUGUUUUCAUGAGUUGAAAGCUAGCAGGUCAUGUCAAGUUUUGUAAGAAAUGUAUCUGGAAAGUCCGACUUGAUCAGCUUACCUCAUGAGCGACGUUAGCCGGAAGUCUGGGGUGGCUUUACCCCACUAGGAACGGGGAAAGCCUUUCCCUAGGUUUUGAUAGGGCACAAAGUUUUUGUUUUAGAACUGAUAAAUAGAUAUGCCCCCGCUGUGUAUAGUGGAAUAAUUCUUGUUAAACAAGUGAGAUCGCAAAACA